GCCGGCGUCGCGGAGGGGCGUUCUGGCGUCACUUCCGCUGGGGCGGGGCCUCGGGCUCUCCCGCGCAAAUUGAAAAGUCUUUGGUGCCCGGCUGCCACCCGGCCCUCUGUGUUCCGAGCCGCCUGCCUCGGGCGAGCUGGCCCAGGGCGAAAGGAAGCGUAUUCUCUGGAAUGGGCUUGCGGGCCGCUUGUGCACAGCCUGUGAACAGGAGUGGGGCGGCGAGGUCGCCGGUGUUGUAGCUGGCGUGCCGCUGGCGGGCGCCCUGAGAUGAUGCCUGCGCAGCGGCCCCCGGCCAUUCCCACCACGCUCCAGAGGAAACGUUUAUGCGAGCGUAUUUACCCAGCUUAGAAGAGACAUCAGCUUCACGGAAUGUGUGUUCCGUCAGUUUUCCUCAAAGUGGAAGAGAACUCUUUUUAGAGGCAUUGUCUGAGAGGUGGGAGGCUGAUUGUUUUUCUCAAACUGCGGCUUGAGGAGCACCUGCAGCCAGAUUACCUGGAUUUAAACGUCGGAAUCCCCCCACCUGGCUCCGCAGCUGGUGAAUGCGCUGCUGAACUAGAGCAUCCGAGUUUUGAUACAGCAUCAAGUUAAGUUGGCACAAUGGGGAUACAAGGAUUGCUGCAAUUUAUCAAAGAAGCUUCUGAACCAAUCCACGUGAGGAAGUAUAAAGGACAGGUAGUAGCUGUGGAUACAUAUUGCUGGCUUCACAAAGGAGCUAUUGCUUGUGCUGAAAAACUAGCCAAAGGUGAACCUACUGAUAAGUAUGUAGGUUUUUGUAUGAAAUUUGUAAAUAUGUUACUCUCUCAUGGGAUCAAGCCUAUUCUUGUAUUUGAUGGAUGUACUUUACCUUCUAAAAAGGAAGUGGAAAAGUCUAGAAGAGAAAGACGACAAGCCAACCUUCUUAAGGGAAAGCAGCUUCUUCGUGAGGGGAAGGUUUCAGAAGCCAGAGAAUGUUUUACCCGUUCCAUCAAUAUCACACAUGUGAUGGCCCACAAAGUCAUUAAAGCUGCCCGGUCCCAGGGAGUGGAUUGUCUUGUGGCUCCAUACGAAGCAGACGCGCAGCUGGCCUAUCUUAACAAAGCUGGUAUUGUACAAGCCAUAAUCACAGAGGACUCUGAUCUCCUCGCUUUUGGCUGUAAAAAGGUGAUUUUAAAAAUGGACCAGUUUGGAAAUGGACUAGAAAUUGACCAGGCUCGGCUGGGAAUGUGCAGGCAGCUUGGGGACGUGUUCACCGAGGAGAAGUUCCGGUAUAUGUGCAUACUUUCAGGCUGUGACUACCUCUCCUCACUGCGUGGGAUCGGGUUAGCAAAGGCCUGCAAAGUGCUCAGACUAGCCAAUAAUCCGGAUAUUGUAAAGGUCAUCAAGAAAAUUGGACACUAUCUUAAGAUGAAUAUAACGGUACCAGAAGAUUACAUCAAAGGAUUUAUUCGGGCCAACAAUACCUUUCUUUAUCAGCUAGUUUUUGAUCCCAUCAAAAGGAAACUCAUCCCUCUGAAUGCAUAUGAAGACGACAUUGAUCCUGAAACACUGAGCUACGCUGGGCAGUAUUUUGAUGAUUCCAUAGCUCUUCAAAUAGCACUUGGAAAUAAAGAUAUAAAUACUUUUGAACAGAUCGAUAACUACAAUCCAGACAUUGCUACGCCUGCCCAAUCAAGAAGUCAUAGUUGGAAUGACAAAACAUGCCAGAAGUCCUCUAAUGUUAAUAGCAUUUGGCAUAGGAAUUAUUGCCCUAGACUUGAACUGAAUAUUGCUUCAGAUGCUAUAAGAUUGAAGGAAAGUCCAAGUACUGUGGGCAUUGAACAAGUGAUCAGUGUUAAAGGAUUAAAUCUUCCAAGGAAGUCAUCCAUUGUGAAAAGACCAAGAAGUGAGGAGCUGUCAGAAGACGAUCUGUUGAGUCAGUAUUCCCUUUCAUUCACAAAGAAGACCAAGAAAAGUAACUGUGAAGCUCAUAAAUCAUUGAACUCUGAAAUGCUCAUGCCUGACCUGGUAGAUGGAACUACUGUUAAAAAAAACAUAAGCACACCACCUACGACAAGAAAUAAAUUUGCAGCAUUUUUACAGAGAAAAAAUGAAGAAAGUGGUGCGGUUGUGGUUCCAGGGACAAGAAGCAGGUUUUUUUGCAGUUCUCUGGAUUCUGCCAACUGUGUAUCAGCGAAAGCAGGAGGUGAGCCCCCAGAGAAAAGUGCUGUCACAGACGAAGAGGCCAGUGUAGCUGAACCAGAUCGUCAGGAUGGCAAGAAGCCGGCUGGUCCGGAUGGAGCACAUAAUUCAGAUGAUGAGGUUCCAGAUGAAAGUGCUGUCACAGACGAAGAGGCCAGUGUAGCUGAACCAGAUCGUCAGGAUGGCAAGAAGCUGGCUGGUCCACAUGGAGCAUGUAAUUCAGGUGAUGAGGUUCCAGACAAUGCAACUAUGAUUGCUGACGACUCUCUCUGUUCGGAGACCAGCAAAUUCACAAGGACCAUCUCACCACCCACCCUGGGGACACUCCGAAAUUGUUUUAGCUGGUCUGGAAGUCUUGGAGAUUUUUCACGAACUUCAAGCCCCACUCCAGGCGCAGCACUGCAGCAGUUCCGGAGAAAGACCGAUCCCCUCACUGCUGCACCGGACCAGAGGGAAGCGUCUGCUGCGUCCCAGUUAAAGAGUGAGGAGUCUGGUGGUGGAGUGCCUCCCGUGCGGGCAGCGGCUUGGUGUCCAAAGUCUCAAGGAAGCCCAGAACUGUCACCACACAAUUUAAAUGUGUCAAAACUGUCUCAGCCUUCUCAUAAGGAUUCCGAUUCAGAGGAAUCUGACUGCAAUAAUAAGUCAUUUGAGGAUCAAGGUAAUCUGAAAUCCAAGCUACAUUUAUCUCAGUAUUCAAGAAAAGUCACACUCCUAAAAAACAAGAUUCCCGGGCUGUAUAAAUCUAGUUCUGUGGACAAUCUUUCUGCGACCAGGAUCAAGCCUCUAGUUCCAGCCCGAGCCAGUGGGCUCAGCAAGAAGCCAUCAAACAUCCAGAAGAGAAAUCAUCAUAAUGCAGAGAAUAGGCCAGGAUUGCAGAUAAAAAUCAAUGAGCUCUGGAAAAAUUUUGGAUUUAAAAAAGAUUUUGAAAAGCUUCCUUCUUGUAAGAAGCCAGAUCCCCUGUCGCCAGUCAAAGACAACAUCCAACUAACUCCAGAAGCAGAAGAGGAUAUAUUUAACAAAUCUGAAUGCAUGCGUGUUCAGAGAGCAAUAUUCCAAUAAAUGCAGGCAGCUGGGAGGCUAUUGCCUGCAAGACAAUCUCUAUCAAUUUGAAGUGCUGUUUGGGAAUGGGGCAGUUACCAGACUGAAAGAUUUAUGCAUAGAUGUAAUGCCAUUUUUUAAAUAGAGUACAUUUUGUAUAUUAACUAACUAUUUCUUUUGUUCAGCUUUUUAUAUUUUGUAAGAAGCUAAAAUAGAGAAAUAAUUUUAUCUUUGACA